AUGCUGUUGUUGGCCGUAGUCGGGCUGGUGACUACGGUGCCUACGCCCCUAGAUCAGAUCACUCCGAGAGACGGCGAACGCUGCGGCUACGCCAGCUGCACCGACGCGGAGCCAGGCGUCCUGAACGUGCAUAUAGUUGCGCACACGCACGAUGACGUCGGCUGGCUGAAGACCCUCGACCAGUACUACUAUGGAAGUCGAAAUGGUAUUCAGAAGGCCUGCGUCAAGUGUAUCCUGAAUUCAGUCGUGAAAGAACUAUGGGAUGACCCCAAAAGAAAAUUCAUCUACGUUGAAACAGCUUUCUUCUGGAAGUGGUGGGUGGCGCAGCCUGAGUCCGUGAGGUCCCAGGUUCACACCCUGGUGAGGCAGGGCCGGCUGCAGUUUGUGGGCGGGGCUUGGAGCAUGAACGACGAGGCUGCCAGCCAUUAUCAGAGCACCGUCGAUCAGUUCACUUGGGGACUGCAAAAAUUAAACGACACUUUCGGCGAGUGCGGGCGGCCGCGCGUCGGCUGGCAAAUCGACCCGUUCGGCCACUCGCGGGAGUUCGCCGCCGACCUGGCCUCCAUGGGCUACGACGGCCUCUUUCUCGGCCGCAUCGACUACCAGGACAAGGAUCAGCGGCUCAGCGAGCGGACUAUGGAGGUGCUGUGGCGAGGCAGCGACGAUCUCGGCAAGUCAAGUGACAUCUUCACUGGCGUGUUAUACAACACGUACUCGCCGCCUCCCGGCUUCUGCUUCGACGUGUUAUGCGACGACGAGCCGAUUAUAGACGACGUCUCCUCGCCUAUGUACAAUGUGGACGAUAAGGUGGCAACGUUCCUAGAGAUAGCCGCGAACAUGUCCAAAAGCUACCGGACCAACAACAUCUUAGUUACGAUGGGAGAAGAUUUCAACUAUUUGGACGCCUCGCUCUGGUUCGACAACCUAGACAAGUUGAUACAACCGUACCUUAUGGUGGUGACAACGUUUCUAGAGUACGUGCUACUUCAAGCCAAGUACUAUAGAACCAACAACGUUCUGGUGACCAUGGGAGGUGACUUCACGUUCAUGGAUGCCUACAUGUGGUUCGACAAUCUCGACAAACUUAUCAAAUACGCCAACCUGAAAUCGGCCAAAGAGAAUCUGAAGGUGAAGUUGUUCUAUUCUACUCCUACUUGCUACUUGAAGGCGGUCAAGGAUGCAAACCCCAGCUUGCCCAUCAAACAAGAUGACUUCUUCCCAUACGCAUCCGACUCUACUGCCUACUGGACUGGGUACUUCGCCUCCCGCCCCACCACCAAGAGGAUGGAGAGAGAGGCCAACAACUAUCUGCAGGUAUCUCCCUCUAGCACGACUACACGCAUCACACUCUACCGCCUACUGGUCUGGCACGACUACACGCAUCACACUCUACCGCCUACUGGUCUGGAUACUUCACCUCCCGCCCCACCACCAAGAGGAUGGAGAGAGAAGCCAACAACUAUCUGCAGGUAUCUCCCUCUAGCACGACUACACGCAUCCGACUCUACUGCCUACUGGACUGGGUACUUCACCUCCCGCCCCACCACCAAGAGGAUGGAGAGAGAGACCAACAACUAUCUGCAGACCUUCAAAAUGUUGCAAGUCCUAACGAAUCUGCCCGAAUCUAACAUGUUCAUUCUAAAUGAGCUUAAAAGUGCUAUGGGUAUGAUGCAGCAUCACGACGCCAUCACGGGCACUGAGAAGCAACAUGUGACGCAUGACUACGAGCGCAUCGUGGCACGAGCGGUCGACGACGCUUACAUCAUCGGAAACCAGGCUUUAAACAACGUCACGGGUACAGAGAAGCAGCAUGUGACGCACGACUACGAGCGCAUCGUGGCGCGGGCGGUCGACGACGCUUACAUCAUCGGCAACCAGGCGUUAAAGUAA